UCAUUAUUUUAAUUUAUUUUGUUUUAUCACAAAAUCCCACCUUUAUCCAAUCAGCUCCAGCCCGCUCCAAUCAAUAUUGAUUUUGUUCAACUAAAAUCACCAUAAAACCUUCUGUUUCCUUCACAAUCACCAUCUCCUCCCUGUUCAAAAUCAAAUCAAACCCAUGGGCAACUGCCACUCCUGCUUCAAUCUCCUCUGCACAGAAUCAAACCAGUCGCUCCCCAUCGACACCCCAUUCAUCAUCUCCUCUUCUCCACCUUCUUCCCUGUCAGGCGGAGGAUUCGGCAAAGGAAGCAUAGAUCUCGGCGGCCUCGAGGUGCGACAAGUCUCCACCUUUACUAAGCUUUGGUCCGCCGCAGGUAACGGCGGCGCCACCUUCUUCUUCCCUUCUUUCAUCCCCUCCGGCUUCUAUCCCCUCGGAGCCUACGCACAGCCUAAUAAAAAUCGCUUCUUUGGCCGCCUGCUCGUCGCCAGAGAUAACAUAGCCGGAGAUGGCGGCGGCACCGUCGCUCUCGCCGCCCCAACGGACUUCACUUUGAUAUGGUCUAGCAGCGACGGCGGUUACUUCUGGCUCCCCGUCCCCCCUUCCGGCUACCAACCUGUUGGCUACCUCGUCACCACUUCGCCCGAGAAACCCUCCCCGGAAUCUCUCCGCUGCGUCAGGGAAGACUUCACCGACCAAUGCGAGGAGGGCCGUGUGAAAAUCUGGUCAUCUGGCUGCAAUGGCGGCAUCAGUAUCCACGAGCUGGUCCCCAUUGCCGGCGGGCGGGAGGCACCGGGGCUGCCGCCGGGAACUUUCAUCGCCCGCACGGCCGCCGGCGAGAAUCCGCACAGUGUUCGCUGCCUGAAAAAUAAAAAAUUUAGCCUCUCCGCCGCCAUGCCGGACCUUUCUCAGAUCAAUGCCGUUAUCAAAGCUUAUGCUCCGGUGAUCUACUUCCACCCCGACGAAACCUACCUCCCGUCAUCGGUGAACUGGUUGUUCGAAAACGGUGCUCUGCUUCACUCCAAAUCCGAUCCGACCAACCCAGCCCGACUUAAAUCCGGCGGCGCGAACCUCCCGCAAGGUGGGACUAACGACGGCGCUUACUGGAUCGACCUCCCCGCCGGCGAGGAGAAGGAGAGGGUGAAAAGGGGGGAGCUUUCCACAGCGACGGCUUACGUUCACGUGAAGAAGAUGCUCGGCGGCACGGCGACGGACUUCGUGUUCUGGCUCUUUUACCCCUUCAACGGUCCGGCGAGAUUAAAGAUCGGAGCUUUAACCACGGGACUAGGUAAGAUAGGCGAGCAUGUCGGCGAUUGGGAGCACCUGACGCUGAGGGUGAGCAAUUUCGACGGGGAGCUGAGAAAGGUUUACUUCUCUGAGCACAGCAGGGGAGAAUGGUUUGACUCGCCGGAGGUGGAGUUCGACGGAGAAGGAAGGAACAAACCGGUGGCUUAUGCGUCGUUGAAUGGCCACUCUUUUUAUGCGAAAGAGGGACUGGUUUUGCAGGGGAGUGAGGAGGUGGGGAUAGGGAUAAGAAAUGAUACGAAGAAGGGGAAGAAGAUGGAUGCGGGGGAGAGGUUUGAGGUAGUGGCGGCGGAGGACUUGCCGGCGGUGGAGGACGUGGUGGUGGGGCCGGGAUGGGUGGAGUACAUGAGGGAGUGGGGUCCGAAGGUGAGUUAUAAUGUGGGGGAGGAGGUGGAGAAGCUGGAGGGUUUGCUGCCGGAGAAGUGGAGGAAGGUGGCGAGGAAGGUGGUGGAGGCGUUACCGCCGGAGCUGCUCGGAGAAGAAGGUCCCACUGGACCAAAGGUCAAGGCAAGUUGGUGCCAAAAACGGAGAAAAUUGUAACAUCAUAUUUAAUAUGCACAAUGAUGCAGUUUAAAAAAAUUUCUGCGGUGAAGUAUUGUAUUUGAUUUUAAUUAUUUUGGGAGUUGAUGUCAUCUCACACACAAU